GCUGUGUGGAGUCUGCAAAGCACCAAAAUCCAAACAAAGACUAAAACAGCAUAUGGAAAACCCAUGAGGCAGGGGAUCAGCAAGAAGCACUGAAAAGCUCCCUGGUUGUUCGAUUGCCCAGGCCACCAUCCCAAAUGGGAAAUGGUUCAGUGAAACCCAAGUACCUGAAGAGGCCAGAAAGCCAUGCAGGACACUGCCCAUAUGGUUGCUCAGGUGGUAGCAGCAAGUUUUUGAAAGACCCGGGUGUGAAUAUCAGCACGAUAACAGGUGCUGCAGAUAUUUUGAGAAGCAAGGUUUGGGAGCUUGAGCGGGAGCUGAAGAGGCAGGAGGAAGAACUGCAUGAGAGGAACUAUCACAUCCUCGAACUCCAGGAGCAGCUGGCUAAGCAAACCAGAACCAUUGCAGACCUCACAGAAGAGCUCAAGUGUAAAUGCAUCCAGCUGAAUAAAUUGCAGGAUGUGGUGGAUACCCAGGGAGCAAAUCCUUUCCUGUUUUCCCCUCUUAAAGAAGUACCCAAGGCCAGCUCAGCACCAUGCAGCAACAGGAGGAGAGGUGCUAAGGAAGGUGUGUCAGCAGAGCCAACAACCCGGACGUAUGACCUGACUGAGCAGCCUCGGUUUUCCUUUGAAAAGGCAAGAGUCAGAAAGGCCUCAAGGGGUGCCAGAUCUCAGAGGCCUGACCCUGCUUUUCAGGGUGAGAAGGAAAAAUCUCAGGGUGAGAACACUGUCUUGAAAGAGGGUAAGGUGGAAGUCUAUCAGCAGAACAAACUCCUCUCAUCAAUUCCUGUAUGGACAGCAUUUGGGGAGUUGGCUAUUUUGUACAACUGCACAAGGACAGCUUCCGUGAAAGCUGUCACCAGUGUGAAAACAUGGGCCUUAGACAGAGAGGUUUUCCAAAAUAUAAUGAGAAGAACAGCCCAAGCAAGACAUGAGCAAUACAGAAACUUCCUCAGAAGUGUGUCUUUGCUGAAGAAUUUACCUGAAGAUAAGCUGGCAAAGAUUGUAGACUGCUUAGAAGUGGAAUACUAUGACAAAGGUGAUUAUGUUAUUCGUGAAGGAGAAGAAGGAAACACAUUCUUUGUUAUAGCCAAAGGGAAGGUUAAGGUUACCCAGACCACGGAUGGACAGAACCAGCCUCAUUUGAUUAAAACAUUGCAAAAAGGAGAUUACUUUGGGGAAAGAGCCCUGAUCAGUGAUGAUGUUCGAUCUGCUAAUAUAAUUGCAGAUGAAAAUGACGUGGAGUGUCUUGUUAUUGACAGAGAAACCUUCAACCAAACUGUUGGGACUUUUGAUGAACUCCAGGCUUACCUUGUGGGCUAUGUGGCUACUUUAGCUCGAGAUGAUGAAAAAAGGAAUGCACGAGUUUCUUCCUUGGAGCGACCCAGUGAUGUUUCUUUGGAGAUGAUACAGCUGAAAGAAAAAGUAACCCAGUUUCCUACCUCUUGCCCAUUUCAGAACCUGGAAAUUGUUGCUACUCUGGGUGUUGGUGGAUUUGGAAGAGUUGAGCUUGUGAAACUUAAGAAUGAAAACAUAGCAUUUGCCAUGAAGUGUAUUAAGAAGAAACAUAUAGUGGAUACCAAACAACAGGAACACAUUCACUCUGAAAAGAAAAUUCUAGAAGAAGCUUGUUCUCCAUUCAUUGUGAAAUUGUACAGAACCUUUAAAGAUAACAAAUAUGUUUACAUGCUUUUGGAAGCCUGCCUUGGAGGUGAACUGUGGAGCAUCCUUAGGGACAGAGGUAGCUUUGAUGAAACCACUACAAAGUUCUGUGUUGGAUGUGUGACAGAAGCAAUUGAGUAUUUGCAUUGCAUCAGUGUGAUCUACAGGGAUCUGAAGCCAGAAAAUUUAAUUUUGGAUGCCCAAGGAUAUAUAAAAUUGGUUGAUUUUGGCUUUGCUAAGAAGAUUGCAGCUGGACAAAAGACCUGGACAUUCUGUGGGACUCCAGAAUACGUAGCACCUGAAGUGAUUCUGAAUAAAGGCCAUGAUUUCAGUGUGGACUUCUGGUCUCUCGGAAUCCUUGUAUAUGAACUGCUUACAGGGAACCCUCCAUUUUCUGGGGUUGAUCAAAUGAUGACCUACAAUUUGAUUUUAAAAGGCGUUGAAAGGUUGGAUUUUCCCAGAAUAAUAACAAAGCGGCCUGAAGAUUUGAUUCGGCGGCUCUGCAGACAAAACCCUACUGAGAGAUUAGGAAAUCUGAAGAAUGGAAUCCAUGAUAUUAAGAGGCACAGAUGGCUGAAUGGUUUUAAUUGGGAUGGACUCAAGGCAAGGAAGUUAUCAUCGCCUUUAAAAAGAGAGCUUUCAGGCCCAAUGGAUUACAGCUACUUCGACAGAUACCCCCCUGAACAGGGAAUUCCACCAGAUGAACUUUCGGGCUGGGAUAAAGAUUUCUAA